GCUGAAUACCCUAUAUAUUGUACAAGCUGGUAGAUAAGGGGACGUACACUUGCCAUCAUGACGCCUAACGAAUUUGGACAAGUCCGUUACGGGGUAGAAAUGUACUCUAUGAAGGAAGAAGAUUUUUUCAAGAUGCAAUGUUUGAAUAACAAAACAAUGUUUGGUGUAUUUGAUGGUCAUGGGGGCAAGUUUGUCGCACGCAAAUGCGCAGAAUAUGACUGGGGCAACGAGCAGUCGUUCGAGGAAAUAUUCUGGAAGCUUGACGAGACCCUGGGACCCCAAUCUCUGAAUUCAGGAACCACUGCGUCGAUUAUGAUGAUUGAGUGCGUCCUCUUUUCUCUACCAGUGUAUUAAAAGGCACUCAAGUAGGCAUCGCAAGAGUAACGACUUCAGAAUCAGUUUGGCAUGGGUAGGUGACUCACAAAUACUGGAGAUUGAUAUGAUUGCUCCUGUGGCGGGUGUUACUUACUUGACGUCAGCGCACAAUUGCAUGAACAAGGCAGAGAUCACUAGAAUUCACAAUCAGUGGCGCGCGCGCAAAUUUCUCGAGGAAAUGCGCCUUCAGACUCACGUCCAAAAUGAUUUAUUUCAAUUUGGAGAACUCACGCAACAAACUUUUGCUUACGAGAAGAAGUUGGAGUCCGCCUAUGAGCGCAUCUUUUCAAGCCAUCUGCGUUGCGAGUCCCCAUUGUUACAAAGACAACUAAGCUUGCUGGAGAAGAGAAAAUCACAUAAGAACGAGGAUGGGGCCCUUGCAUUGCAUGCCCGCUGGUUGCAAAUGCCACAAAGCUCUAUUGUGCAUGGCGCUUCUACCUGUGUUACGCGUUCUAUAGGUGACUGGGAUGCGUCACGCACGCUGAUUCCUCACCCGGAGAUAAUUGAGCGUGUUGUCAAGAGGGGUAACCACAAACGCUUUGUAAUUGCAAGUGAUGGACUUUGGGGAACACUUUCGCUCAAUAAAAUUGCCAAGCUUGCCUAUAGAAAUCGCGAUGAUCCGCAAAAAUGUGCUACAUCAAUACUGAGGCAUGUGAGGCUGGAGUGUGCCCAACUAAAUGGCGUCCGAGAACAUCCGUUUAAAGAUGAUACGACCAUAGUGAUCGUUGAUGUAAUCGCAGCCCCGGCACCACUUAACCCUCAGCGGGCAGAAUGCAAGUCCAGCGUCAAAUGGCCAUGGCUCUGCAAACUCCGAUGAGGUAAUAACGACGAGGCUUAAUUGGGAUUCUAGCCUAAGAUAGUAGUGCUCGAAUUCAAUUCGGAUCUUAACACGAACACACCUGAGGCGUUCAGUGGAAAUUAGAUAUAGUACUGUUCGCCAAGAUUGGCAAGAACAUGUGGGAAGGGGCCGGCACCCACUGGCACGGACCACGGUAGAGAAUGGUCGCCUGGGCCUUGGCUCUGUUAUAAUUGACGUGCUCCGCGAGUACCACAUGCUCUGGUUUGAGCUACGACGCUGGCCCCAGGGCCAUUCAUCAUGAUUUUAGGUAGUCCGAGUCGCCUUGUUAGGACGUAAUGAGCUGG